UUCGGUUGUGAGGAAGAGGUUCCCUAGUUUCUAGUUUCUAGCAGCAGCAGCAGCAGUAGCACUGAAACGAUGCGAGGUUUUGGAGUAGCGAUAGUGUGCGUAGCGCUCGUGGCUACGGCUCUGGCCGAAGCACCCCUGCCGGGCGGUGGCUACCCCGGUGGAAAUGGAUACAGUAAUGGAAACGGUAACGGAAAUGGCGGCCACAGCUUCGGCGGUGGUAACGGUGGUGGUGGAUUUGGGGGCAACGGAGGUGGUGGCGCUGGACCGCUGCUACAGAAACCGACCGGGCCGCAGACCACCGAGGGACUGAUGAUCGAUCCGCAGCUGCUGGAGCAGGUGAAGAUGGUGCUGCUGCAGCACGAAAGUGAAUCGGCCGCGGCCAACGGUGGUGGCUCGAGUGGCCCCAGCACAUCGUACGGUCCGCCGCGAGGAAACAUGGAACGCAUCGUCGGACUGAUGCUGGAGCAGCCCGUCCAGAGCAUCCAGCUGGCCGAAUACUGGCAAGGUGAUCAGCAGCAACCGAGCGGCUCGUACGGACCGCCGAGUAGCUCGUACGGUGCUCCUCAAUAGAUUGAAAGAGAAUCCGUGUGCGAG